CAGCAGCAGCAGCAGCGAUGGUGGUGGCGGCGGCUGGGGGGGAGGGAGUGUGGUCGUGGAGAGAGCCACAGUCUACCAAACAGUCCGGUCUGUGGCGCACGUUGCCAGUCCUCGCUCUCUCCACCACACGUGCACCAUCUCCUCUCGCCUCCUACACACACACACACCUACGCCACUAGGGAUGAACAUAGCGACCGGUGGAGUGACUUUGGGUGUCGCUAAGUUGGUUGUGUAACAGAGAAAGACAAUGAAUUAGUUGAUAUUUUGUUUUUGUGUUGUUUACAUUCUGUUUACACAUUUUACGGAGACAUUAUUUAAGUAAACAAAGACAGGCGGAUAACUUGUCAGACGACAAGACAGUGAGGGAGUUAUCUUUCAGUUAGAGGAAGUUAUCCCGGCUUGCAACCUUCAGUACACCGCGCUAGGCCGAUACUGGGAUUGAAAUUAUCAACAACGUGUUCGUUUCCUUAGUGCCAUGGCUGACUUAGACGAUGUUCAACACUCCCUUCUGUCACAGGAAGAGGAGAUUGAGCUCCAGUUUGGUAACAAUGGGAGCGGCGUUACGGACCGCACGACCAGCCAUGAUGGUAAUUCGGUGAGGUUCACCUACAGCAGUUUUGGUCAAGGAAUGGAUAACCUGACUAGGAAGGUCGCGCCAGGCUUGAAAGAACACGUUACCGAUGCACGCACCAGAGAAAACGGUAACACAGCGGACACCAGAGAAAACGGUGAUGCAGCGGAGACUAGAGAAAACGAAGAUAUCGUGAGGCGAGUGAGGAGUGACGAUACUCUAGAGGCUCGCGCUACCAUCAAACGCUUGGAGUUCAAGCGGAGUAGGAACUAUCGUCGGUCCCUACAGUUCAUCGACGAUACCCCGGAUAGUCAGAUGGACGAUGACUCGGGCACCUUCUCCCCCCAGACGGUGGGGAAGCUGGUGAGCGGCUCCAUUCACAGGUCGGCGGAGAGCAGACGCAGUUACAGGGAGGAUAGUAAAGAGGACGAGAAGGAGGUAAGUGUAUUAAGAUUAUUAGUUCACCCUUUCCAUCCGGUUAUAAUUCCUUACGUCAGACUGCAAGCAGCGGUGUCCAACAGCCUCGUUGACCAGACUACCAACCACAUCUGGUCGGGGACCGGGACGCUGGUGGACAUUGAUCCUCGGAAUCAUCUCCAGGUAAGGUUCCACUUUCCGGUGCAGAAGGCCUGGCCGUCUCCAGCAUGCAGGCCACAACAGUCGCACGACUCCCAGGUUUUAAUUUACUGCCCAAACGUCUUCGUUCUGGGCGGGGAUCGAACCUGGGACCUUUAGGGUUUGAUCCGACUGCGUUGAUCACUGACUGUUGGUUUAGUAUUUAUUGACAUUUAUAUUUUUAUGUCAUUGUAUUUUCCAGUUAUAAUAUAUGGAUAAUCAAUUACCAGGAGAAAAAUACACUAGUUUCCCAUCAUUCUCUCCAUAAUAGUUUUCU